CCACCCAGAGACAGAACCACGAUGAGACCAACAGUGAAUCUACUGGUCGCUCUGUGUUAUAUAUCCCUACAAGAUAUUGUACUGAAUAAGGCAGAGAACAUUAUGCUGAGAAAGCCGAGUAAAAUGAGUGGAGUCUACAACUCCGCUGGGUACGCGAAUGAUGGGAAUAUCCAAAGCCUAGCAGCCGUAACCGGCAACAGCGUGAAUCCCUUCUGGCAGGGAGAUCUUCAGGGGUGGUAUACUAUCAAUUACAUCUCAGUUUCAAGUGCCUAUUACUUUCCUUAUGAGGCAUACUUGGAAAGUGCGUACGUGGGCGUGUCUGCUGAUGACAGCAUCGACUGCCCAGAUGUGGAAAUCUUUGUCUGCGGCCAGUGUCCAGCAUCUGUUGGUGCAGGAGAAACCUUCACGUUCAACUGUUCCCACCCACGACCUGUCAGAUUCGUGAAGAUCUGGAGAGACGUGACCAGCCUAGCUGUUUCGGAAGUUGAGGCUGAGGGCACGUCAACAACACAACGUGGAACCAAGUACCAAAAAGGGAUGAACACUAAGGUUCAAACACCGAUGACAUCUCUCACUGUUGCUUCCGCCAAUGAAUGCGGUUACCAGUGUCACGUGUUCCAGCCUUGCCUCAGUUUCAGUUACAACCCAACAGCUUCUCCCAACUGUCUCCUGACAACCAACCCAGAAGAUGCAGCAGCAGCUGCCGGCUGGACCAAAUACACCAUCGAGAAGUGUUCCAGCAACAUCACCUGUCUCCUGACUGACCAGUUCAAUUAAUACCAGAUCCAGUAUUUGUUCUGCAAAUGUGACAUUCUGGGACGUUAUGUCAAAGACAUGAUGAGUGUAAAAACAUCAAUAGCAAUACGUACUUCUCUGUCAAAGCAAUUCGGUUUAUAUUGUAAAAAUAAUACCGUUUCAGAUCAUCUCGAACUAUCUGUACGGAUGACUUGGUGUUA